AUGUGGUGGUUGAUAACUGUAUUAUCGUUCUUACUAGGUAGAGUAUGUGAUGGAGGUAUCACAAGUAGCUACAUUAGAGAGGCCGCACCUUCCACUGAGAUCCCGAAAAAAGAUUUCCCCCCACCUUCUGGUUACAAUGCUCCUGAACAGGUUCAUAUAACACAAGGUGAUCAAAUUGGGAGGAGUGUGAUAGUUUCAUGGGUGACACCCGUAAACAAACACCCCAAAUAUAUGACUUAUUGGGAAGCUAACGAUAAAGAUGGUAUCAAGAGAAAUCGUGUUCGUUCAAAAACCACCACUUAUCGAUACUAUAACUAUUCUUCGGGCUACAUUCAUCAUGCUACAAUCAAUAAAUUGGAGUAUAACACAAAGUACAUGUAUGAGCUUGGAAAAGGCAACAACACACGCCGAUUUUGGUUCACUACUCCUCCUGAAGUUGGCCCAGAUGUUCCAUACACAUUUGGGAUCAUUGGUGAUUUGGGACAAACCCAUGCAUCGAAUCAAACAUUGGAACAUUACUUGGGUAGCAGAAAAGGUCAGACUGUAUUGUACCUUGGUGACUUCUCGUAUGCUGACGUUCAUCCGUAUCAUGAUAACGAGAAGUGGGACACAUUUGGACGAUUUGUUGAGAAGAGUAAUGCUUACGAGCCAUGGAUAUAUAUUGCUGGGAAUCAUGAAUUGGACUUUGCUCCUGAAAUCGACGAACACUCCCUUUUCAAGCCAUACAAGCACCGAUAUCACGUCCCUUUCCGAGCUUCUCAAAGUACAUCACCACUUUGGUAUUCCAUUAAGCGUGCAUCAGCACACAUCAUUGUGCUUUCUUCUUACUCGGCCUUUGCGAAAUACACUCCCCAAUAUAACUGGCUAGAACAAGAAUUUGCAAAAGUUAACAGAAGUGAAACCCCAUGGUUGAUUAUUCUCUUGCAUUCACCAAUGUACAACAGUAAUAACUAUCAUUUCAUGGAAGGAGAAGGCAUGAGAGUUGUGUUCGAGCCAUGGUUUGUUAAGUACAAAGUUGAUCUUGUGUUUUCCGGACAUGUUCAUUCAUAUGAACGCUCGGAGAGAGUCUCAAAUGUUCAAUAUAACAUAACCGAUGGACUAAGUACUCCAGUGAAAGACCCAUCUGCUCCCGUUUACAUUACUGUUGGUGAUGGUGGAAACAUAGAGGGUAUCGCUGAUAGUUUUACAGAACAUCAACCAGAUUACUCGGCUUUUAGGGAAGCGAGCUUUGGGCAUGCAUUACUAGAGAUAAAGAACAGGACACACGCCUUUUACAAUUGGCAUCGUAACCAAGACAAUGUGUCUGUCUCCGGCGAUUCUAUUUGGUUCUAUAAUCGCUACUGGUUUCCUAAAGAAGAGAGUACGUAUAGCUCCAGCACCAAAACGGCCUAA